CGGCUGUCAGCAUAAUCUCUGACCGCCAUGUGUGGGGAAGUUAUCGUGUAAUGAUGAGAAGCAUGUACGUGAACGUCAUAGAUUCUGGACUGAUCGUUUCCUGAGAAUGGAUUGGGUACGCAGAUAAAUUUGACAAAUGAAAAGUUGUACAGCUUGUAUACACAAAAGGAAAGUUCUGGCACAGAAGAUAUUUUAGCACUGAUAUCAUUACAGAGUUGUCACAAUUCUUGUAAAAUGUUAGUGAAGAGUAGAGAAAUCUCCCGUGUAAACAUGAGACUAACUAAUUUAUUACAGUAACUAGAAAUUUUGACAGAAAUAUGGAGGAACAUGCAUUGAAUUUCACGCUUUCAAGAGCUAACAGUUGCCCUGACAAAUUAGUGGGAGAUAUGUUCUGCUGGGGGAAUACAACACACGGUGAACUGGGAUUAGGAGGACUAGAGGAAGAGCAGAUCCUGAUACCAAGAGAACUGCGAUUUUCGAAAGCUACUUGUGUAAAACAAGUUGCUUGCGGUUACAAUCACACCCUACUGUUAACAUCAGAUGGACAACUAUAUUCAUGUGGAAACAAUGACCAUGGGCAACUUGGCCACAACAAGCCUUGCAAAAGACUUGAGCAAGUGGAUGGUCUUGAAGCCUACAUUAUGACCCAAGCUUCUUGUGGCAUCAGUCACUCGUUAGCUGUCAAUGAAUGGGGUCAAGUUUUUGCGUGGGGUUCGGAUUCACAUGGACAGUUGGGUGUUGGCCUGGACUGUGUUUCACAGCCACUUCCAAAAAUGAUUAAAGCAUUAGCAACAUCACAUGUUGUACAGAUAACCUCUGGACACAAUCACUGCCUAGCCUUGACAAACAAUGGUGAACUCUAUGCCUGGGGUUGUAAUGAAUACGGCCAGCUCGGUCUUGGAUCAAGUGUUUCCAAAGAAACAAGACCUUGUUUGGUAAGAUCAUUAAUGGGAAUUCCUAUUGCCAUUAUUGCAUGUGGUGGAAAUCACAGUUUUGCUGUUUCAAAGUCAGGGGCUGUGUAUGGGUGGGGAAAAAAUGUUUUUGGUCAACUUGGUUUAAAUGACGAUAUCAAUAAAUUGUAUCCAACGCAGCUGAAAACAUUGCGCUCUGCGAAAGUAAAGUAUAUAGCAUGUGGAGAGGAUUUCUCUGUCUUUUUAACAAAGGACGGAGGCGUUUUUACUUGUGGCUCUGGAACAUACGGUCAGUUAGGUCAUGGUUCCACUUGUAAUGAAAUUCUACCACGGAAAGUAAUGGAAUUGAUGGGUAGUACAGUUACUCAAGUUACUUGUGGAAGGAGGCACACACUUGCACUUGUUCCAUCACGAGGAAGAGUUUAUGCUUUUGGUCUUGGUGGAGCUGGCCAGCUGGGUACAAAAGCUGUCUUAAAUGCUACAACUCCACAAGUUGUUUUAGGACCUUGGGUGUCACCUAGUGGAGUUUCAAUUAUUGAGCCACAUGAACAGAGUCAACAUUCCCAGAAUUGUGUUGUGAAAAGGAUAUAUGCUGGUGGAGACCACUGUUUUGCUUUAGUUACUAGAAAACAGGAUAAUAUUCCAUCAGAUGAUUGCCGCAUUCAUGAAACCGAUUCUCAGAUUUUGUCUCUGACUGUCGAGAAAAUUGAAGAAUGUGGAAGAGUCUUACCAGAUGAGACAGUGGACCAGGACCUGAUGACGUAUGUUGAGACUGUGUUCAGCAGUCAGGCUUGCAUCAAUAGUUCUUUUCUCUUACAAGAUGAUGGUCACUACUGCUGUACUUCAAGGCACCAUGGUGUUGACUUGACAGUUGCUGAGAGAUUCUUCACUUUAUUAAGUAAAAUUGAAAAUCAAUCUAUAAAAAGACUAAUACUCAGCUCCAUUAGUGAACAUUUACUUCCAUCCUUGUCAAGCUCUCCACCUGAUGUUGAAACCUUAAGACUGUAUUUGGUGUUACCUUUUUACCACGAAUUUGAUAAUCCAAAAAAUUGUCAACGAUUACAUAGUCCAUUUGGGCAGGCACUGCUAAAAUUAAAAACAGAAGCAGGGAAAAUUGUUGGACUAUGGUGGCGAGGAAUACCCAUUGACUAUUUUGAGAGGCUCAUUCGCAUUUUCAAGGAUGUGGUACUAUAUGUGCUACAGUUUGCUGAAGAUGUUAAAUCAAAGAAAGCCGAAUAUGAGGUAUCUGUACAUAUUGCCCUGGAAAUUCUUUCACAGCUCAACAAAUUAAAUCAGAGUACAAAUGAUCUGAAAGUACCUUAUGACACAUUUCAAAUGCCAGAACUUGCCGAAAUUGUAGAUGUAAGAUCAGAUUAUUUACACUGGCUGGUUGAGAAAGAUCAGACACAGGCUGGAAGACUCUAUUUUUGCAACUAUCCAUUUGUGUUCGAUGCUGCUGCCAAAACUCUUCUUCUGGAAACAGAUCAAUCUUUGCAGAUGCAGUCCGCAAUGAAUCAAGCAGCUACACAAGUUUUCACAACAAUGUUUUUUAAUCCUGCAUUGGCUACUAAUAUCAGCACAUUCCUGCAGUUACAUGUCAGCAGAGAACACUUAGUCCAAGAUACGCUUCGAGAACUAGCUAAAUACAGCUCAUCUGAUCUGAAGAAGCCAUUAAGGGUUAAGUUCUUAGGUGAGGAAGCCGAAGAUGCAGGAGGAGUGACUAAGGAAUUUUUUCUCUUGCUAAUGAGAGAGAUAUUGGAUCCAAAAUAUGGAAUGUUCCGGAAUUAUGAUGAAACUCGAGCAAUAUGGUUCAGUGAAGAUUCAUUUGAGGAUCCGAUAAUGUAUUAUCUCAUUGGUCUCAUAUGUGGAUUGGCUAUAUAUAACUUUAUCAUCAUUGCAUUACCUUUUCCAUUGGCACUUUAUAAAAAGCUCUUGAAUGAACCUGUUUCGCUCCAGGAUCUUAAAGGAUUAUCACCAUCAAUGGCCAAGAGUCUACAAGAUCUUCUGGAUUAUGAAGAGCCUGACAUUGAGGACGUCUUUUGCCUCACAUUUGAAAUCACAAGAGAAGUUUAUGGCGAAGUUAAAAAUUUGCCUUUGAAAGCAGAUGGGUCAAAUAUACCAGUUACUCAACAGAACAAGCGUGAAUAUGUUGACUUGUAUGUUGACUUCAUACUCAAUAAAAGUGUAGAGAAACAGUUUACUGCCUUUAAUGGAGGCUUCCAUAAAGUAUGUGGAGGCAGAAUAUUGAAACUUUUUCAUUCUCAUGAACUUAUGGCUGUGAUUAUUGGUAAUGAAAAUUAUGAUUGGGAGGAAUUACAGAGAAAUGCACAGUACAAGAAUGGAUACACAGAAUCUGAUGAAACUAUAAAAUAUUUUUGGGAAGUUUUCCAUGAGCUCACUCCAGAACAAAAGAAAAAAUUCCUAUUAUAUUUGACGGGAAGCGACCGGAUUCCAGUCCAAGGAAUGAAAGCUAUAAAGAUAUACAUCCAGCCAACGAAUGACGACAAAUACCUUCCUGUAGCACACACAUGCUUUAAUCUGCUUGAUUUACCUCGAUACAAAACAAAGGAAAGACUUCGUUACAAACUGCUUCAGGCUAUUCAACAAACAGAGGGAUUCUCCAUAGUUUAAGGGGGCUCUUAGGUAGACGUAUUCUUAGCUGUUGCCAGAAUCAAAUGAGAUUUUUGAGCAAUUUGUUUAUGAUUUUAUACAAUGCUGCCUUUAAUGUUGACAUAUUCAGAUAAUGCCUAUAAUUUUUUGUAUAUACAAUAUGAUCAAAAAUACAUGUUGAAAUUUGAUAUAUUUUAUUUAAAGUGUAUGGAUGUAGAGAAAAGUAUUGACCAGAGACGAUAUUUUUUAUAGCUUAUGAAUGCAGGACAACAUUCUUCAGCCCUAGUGCACCAAAUUUAAUAAAUAUGAAUAUGUGCCUGUAAUUCUGCUCAUUCAAAACAAUACGAUAAGCAAAACUGAAAGUAUUUUUAUUACUAGACUUAAAUUUCAUGUGGCUUUAAUAUUAAAAACACACACACACACACACACACACACACACACACACACACACACACACUAUAUACAGAUUUAUAUAUAUAAAGACUGAAAGUUACGAAAAUGUUAUAUAUUAAUAGAUUAAUAGAGGCAUGUGGAGUUGUGGUACCGAAAAACAGGAAAUCAAGUGCACUAUGAAUACUAAGCCUUGGAAUCAAAAUUUUUUGCUCAGAAAGGAAAAGAAAAAGUUGUAAAUUAGCAGCAGUGAUGAUGAGGGAUGAGGUAUUGACAAACUGUUUGUUGGUAUGUUAUUGGUGCACAAUAAAAAUUAAUUCCUUUAUAAUUCCUCAAACACAGUAGGUAAAGUGUAGCUUAUAGGAAAUUCAACAAGAUGCUUUAUGAUAUAUUAGUGAUUAAUCAAAAUCAUCUCAGCUAUAUUAUUACGCAUUUAUUAUGUUACGACCAGUUUCGUUCAUAGAACAGAUUCAGGUUGCACAACUUGACAACCUGAAACUAUUCUAUGAGCAAUAGUUGUUGUAAAACAAUAAAUGUGUAAUAACACAGUUGAGUUGGUUUUUAGUAAUCAUGAAUAUUAGUAUCAGUUGUGGUGCUCAACAUGAUCAAGAUGGUUUAUUUUUUAAUAUUGAGAAACAUAUGAAAUACAACUCAUAUUUUAAAAGCAUCAAUCACUUAAUGCAAAGUUUUAGAUGGAAUGAAAAUAAUGCAUGAGAAAAGUCUUAAAAAUCAAGUAGUGAGUGGUGGGGAAAACACUGAUGUGUUGCACUUUAACAUUAAUAAUUUCAUUGUUGACAUGAAUUCACGUACUUGAGCUUCCAUUUGUUAUGCUCUUGGAACUCUGUGCAGUAUCAGAAGUAUGGAAAACUUGUUCUCUCUCUCUCAAAAAAUUUGCAGCACCUCCAUAGCAACUUCUCUUUAAUUCCUGAUGUGGCCAUUGCUCUUUGUCUUUAUCAUGGGGGGGGGGGGGGGGGGGGUACUCAUUCACUUAAUAAUUACAUUAAAGUAGUUCAUGGAUUCAAGAGACACAUGAAUGGGAUAAAUUAAUUUCAUUUUGUGAGAUAUUUGGAUGACUUCAUUGCCUACAUUUUUUUCAAAAUUAUUUAGUAUUCUGAAUUUUUUAUUUUUCAGUUUUACAUUAUAUUAAUAUUUUCCUAUUUUUAUGUUUGUUCCAUUCUGCUGUAUGCCUCAACAUUGGAAGAACUUCGCUGUGUUAUAUUGUUCUUGAAUCUGCCUUUGUUUUUAAAAAAAAAAAAAAAAUUCUGAUCUGUUUACCAACCCUUUUUGUCAAAAGUGCCCCUCUUU